AUGGACCGCAGGCUGCGUACUCAGGAUCCUCAGCAGCCUCAUACAAGAGCAAACAGGCUCGAGGAUAGGAGCGCCCACCACAGCAUUUUCUGGCAUCAGAGACAGUACAAGUCAAGGCACUUUGUGGAAUCUGUGCAGAUUAUGGACUCAAACCUAAAUCACAAGACUAAGAAAGUACAGCCUCUUAGAAAGCCUAAAAGCAUUGACAGUAUGAAAUGGUUGGGAGAGGACAAUGAAAUUAUUGAGGCUUCAAACAAUGGUCUGGACAAGGGGACUGUGCAGGAAUUGGCAAGCACCAAUAGCACAGCACCACAGAUAAAACAAAACGAGAAGAAGCGAAAGAAGCCAGCAAAAGCAAGCAUGCAAUGCCUCUGGUUUGAUGGGUUCCACUCAGUCGAUUUCCUACAUGGAGCAGAUUCAAGCAAACCCCUCACUUGGUUCAGUCAGAGAGACCGAGAGCUGAUGAAGCUCCUGGCUGGAGGAUCUGUCCUAAAGGCUGGAUACCUCACUUGGGGAGAGCAGACGGUCUGUGUGGUGUUGAGCAUUAACAAUUCCCUAGCUGUAGAGGGCAGCAGAGACCAGUGCCAAGCGGGAGCCUGUGGAUUAGUGAAGGGACUGAGUGACCUGCGGGAAGUCACUGCUUUUCACCUGGACCGAAUCCUAGGCCUCAACAUCAGUCAGCCAGUGGUCGCACGCCGGCUGAACUCCCACCUGCUGCCGCACCAAUACACAGACGGUUCGGCGAAGCCCGUUGUGUGGUGGGACCCACGGACACCUUUACUUCAAGGUACCAGCCAGCAGCAGGAUGCCUUCCACAUGGCCCAGUUCUCAACUGUCUUUAGGAAUUGCCGAGCAGGGGGAGGUGAAGUGUGUGUCUGGGACAACAGUCCAGACCUACAGAAGAUGAAACUGUUGGAUUAUUUUUUCCAGGAUGUUGAGAUAAUUUUGGCCAGCUUUAACAGAGGGAAGGAUAAGCACACAGUUACUUUCAGUGAUUUGGAUUGCCUUUUCCUGAUCCGUCAGUAA